CGCCCAGUUCAUGACAAUUGAAAGGCGGCAGUCGAGGAGCUGUUGCUUUUGUUGUUGUUGCGUGUGGGCUGUGCGGAAAUAAUUUAUCCAGAUUGAAAAUUGCGUUGCGAAUCGUUAGCGGGGGGCCAUCGGGCUAUCGAGCAGUCGAGCAGUCGGCGGAUUAGGACAGCAGUGCGACUUCAUUACGGAUGCAUGCAGGACACACGCGAAACGCUGACAGCCAGCAGCUGGGACCCAAUCAACUGCAUUAUGCCAUGAAAUGGCAUGUGCUUUGCCUCCUGACUGACUGACACCUACUACUACAGCGUGAUUCGCGCGCACCCAGGGACACACAGCACGCACACUCACACACAUGCAAACACAGCUGGCAGGAAAGUUUUUGGCGUGUGAAGUUGUACAUUGGCUCAGUUGGGAUUUACGAUCCGUGUGGUCAAGUCGUGCUGUUGGCGCUCGAACAGCGCGAGGCAUUUAGUUAGUCGCGCGGGGCGACGUCUUCCUCUGCCGCGGGGCUACUGCUACCACCUGGACAUGGACAGUGGCCAUCGAGCUUUAAGCCCCAACAUGUUUACACCCAGACAUUUUCCAUUUCUGGUUCAAGUGCUGCCGUGUGCCAAGUACUAAAAGUGAAAAGUGAAAACUGAAAAGUGAAACAGCAAAAAUGGACUGGAAAGCCAGCGAUGGUGUCGAGGCGGAUUUCAAUUGGAACCGUUCGUUCUCGGAGCCAGACCUCGCAGCCAGCCAGAGGCACAGCGAUCGCUUCACAAUCAAACAUCUGCACGAGCAUCUCGCCGUCGAUGACCUCAAGUUCUUCCGUCGCCGUCAGCCGUUUCCGCAGCACACACACAGCAACGUCUGUCUGUAUGAUAGCGAGGCGCCAGUGUUGUCCUUUGGCUCCUUGAAGUCCGAGUACCGUAAGCACUAUUGUUGCCAGGGCCACGCCUACGCCCACGCCCACCCCCGAACACUGCUCAGGCGUGCCACAUCGCUGCGGCUGGAGGGCUUGAUGCAGCUGCUGUCGGAGCAUCAGGAUAAAUAUCACUGGUAUACGCCCGAGGAUCUGAAGUAUUCGCGCACAUUUCCCGUGCGCAACCCGGAGAACCUGCAGCUGGGUGGCGCGAAUGAGCCGGUGGUAAUGAAGAGCUCAUCGUAUCUCACCUACCCCAUGGUGGACAGCGGAGCUGAGAUACUGCCCCGGCAAAUGUUUCGCGACGACAAAGAGCAGCCAUCGAAUCGCUUGGCCAGCGACAAGUUUAAGCGUGACAUAGCCGCCCAGGAGCAGCAGCGCUGUCAUCUGCAGAUGCGGGCACAGGGCACACAGUACGAGCCAACGCCGUCCGAGUAUAAGCGGCAGUUCGUAGAGCAGUUUCCCAUCGAGAAGGCGCACUCGAUACCGCAGAUCAGCAGCAUCAAGAUGCAGGGCGAGUUCCAUGCGGUGCCCGAGUACCAGGACAGCUUCAAGAUGUAUGCCAACUACUCGAAGAGUGCGCCCAUCAAGAAGCACGACAAUCUGCGCGUCUCUGGCUCCGAGCAGGAGCAGCGGCCGCCCGUGGAGAGCGGCAGCGACUUGCCCGAGUAUCGCGAUAAGUUCAAUGUCCCACCCAAGCACAUGGCCAAAGAGAAGCCCCUCAAGACGGACGAUCAUUUGCGGCCGCGCGGCGAAUUCACCAAGGAGGUGCCCGAGUAUUAUGAGAGCUUCCGUGAUCCGCACAUCACCGAGAUGCCGGAGCGUGGCAAGGUGCGUGAGCCGUACCUGCGUCUGCGUGGCAAGAUCGAAUUCAAUCCAGAGUAUCGCAACAACUACCUGGACUUUCCACGAUCGCGGCCCGUGGUGCGCAAGCCCGUCUCCUCAUUUCGAUUGCCCACCAGCAACAGCAACCAGAACACUACCAACAACAACAACARCAACACCCCCAGCACCACCACCGCCACCGCCAACAGCACAAGUCCACGCAUGGAUCGAGAGCCCGCUGCCAGCUGCUUGACAGCCGAUGAGCUAACUGCCACACCCGAGUAUCGACGCGCCCAAUACAAUUACCAGCUGCGGGAACGGGACCGAGAGCGUUCACGUGAGCUGAUUGCUCCGCCUGGUAAUCUGCGCAAGAGCUCGGACUCUUCGCUGGAUGCUGCGCAGGUGCAGACGAAGCGACGGCCCGCGCGACAGCGCCAGCUGAAGGAGGCGCCCCCGCCAGCCCAGCCCGUGGUGCCCAGCUUCGAGGAUGUGGCCACUGGUGGCGCCAAGAAGCCAGCUCGAUAUGGACGACGCGGCUCCGUGCUGCAGAAUGCGGCCAAGUGCCGUGACAAAUCCUCCAUCAUUGAGGGCAAUCCCAAGUAUGCCGUGGGCUGUCGCCGUUCCAAGCAGAGCACAGAGAGUCAACAGGAUUCGUUCGUGGUGCUGGAUGAGCCAUGCAAGCCUUCCAAUUGGAUGAAAAAGACGUGGUAUGAUUCUUAGGCAAGUUCAACAAGCAAUCGCAAUU